CGGUGCGGGGCACUGGGCAAGGGCGCUGAAGUAUUUUGGUAUAAUGUCGGAUUGAAAGUUGCUGUCUUAGUCGAUUAUUCAUCUUCUAGAAUGUCUUGCCGGUGUGGGACCCUGCUAUUCGUUUUAUCUAUUCUACUAGUCAAUCUAUGUCAAGGCCACUUAGAUGAAAUACUGAAAAACUACAAUACCCUACAAGUCAGAGACAUUAACCAUUCGGUUAGGAGAAGACAUGUGUACGGACAUGAAAAGGCUUCAGAGAAAAUCAUAUCAUUUGAUACAUUGGGAAGACAUUUCACCCUUCAGCUUUCUCCUAACUCUGGUCUUUUUGGAGAGAGCUUCAAAGCUUUUGCUGUUGAUAAUAAAGGGAGAGAAAGUGAAAUUCCUGUGGACAAAGAGAGUUUUUAUAAAGGAACUGUACAAGGCGAAAAGGACUCACAUGCCAAUCUCCAUGUCGAUGAUGAUGGAGUCCUGACAGCAAUGAUAAGCACUCCAAAUGAGACAUAUGUCAUAGAGCCAUCCUGGAGACAUUUAAACUCCAGAAAAUUUGAGAUGAUAUCAUAUCGUCACUCUGAUGUGAAAUUUAACUUCACUGGCAACAAAACAUCUCCCACUGGAGGGAAGUUGCCAUAUGGUUUCUGUGGACAUGACUCACAUCAUGCAAAGACACUCUACAGCUCACAACACAUCCCGGAUCUGACUCAGCACCGUGCGCGCCGUGAUGUGAUGCCCACCAGAGUCCGGUGCCCCUUGGCUCUUGUUGCAGACUAUCGCUUCUAUGAGCAGAUGGGCCAGAAGAAUGAAAAAAACACAAUCAAUUACAUGAUAGGAGUAGUAGAUCGUGUCGACCAAAUCUACAAAUCUACCGUGUGGGAUGUUAAUUAUGGUGGCUUUGGAUUUGAGAUUGGACAGGUCAUAGUUCACAAGGAGAGUGGAGGACCGCAGUACAAUGCCCCACUUAAUUUGUGGAACAUCAAAAAACUACUGGAGACAUUCAGCUACGAGAAGACUUGGAGGGACUACUGCCUGGCCCACUUGUUUACAUAUCAGGACUUUGCUGAUGGUGUCAUUGGUCUGGCGUAUGUUGGUAACGCCAAGAGGAAUGCUGUAGGGGGAAUAUGCACUGAGGAGUAUCGUACAUCUAGCCGUACCUUGUACCUUAACACCGGGCUGAGCAGCAGCGUUAACUGGGGACGUCGCGUGCUGACUGAGGAGGCAGACAUUGUGACGGCACACGAGUUUGGUCAUAAUUUCGGCAGUGAGCAUGACCCUGAAGGCGAAGAGUGUGCCCCGGAUGAGCGAAAUGGCGGGAAAUUUAUCAUGUACCCUGCGUCGGUCAGCGGUCAGCGGGAUAACAACAAGAAAUUCUCUCCGUGUAGUAAACGACAAGUUUCUUAUGUGCUGAAAUCCAAAUCAGAGCUUUGUUUUAAAGAACCACGUGACAUCAUCUGUGGUAAUUACAAGCUCGAGGAAGGCGAAGAGUGUGACCCCGGCAACCUUGGCGUGACUGGGACCAAGUGUUGUACACGUGACUGCAAGCUGGUGAAGGACACGCAAUGCAGUGAUGGCUAUGAUUCUCCAUGUUGUGAGGGAUGCCAGUUCAAGGCAAAAGAUAAAAUAUGCCGUGCCGCUGACCCGCAGCAUUGCACCGUGGACACGUUUUGCACAGGCAAAAGUGCUUCGUGUCCGCCAUCUGAAUACCAACAGGACAACUAUACAUGCAUUGAAGGAGGGAAGUGCCGGUCGGGCAAAUGCGUUGAAUUCUGCAUCACGGAGGGACUGGAACCUUGCUUAUGUAACGAGGGUGCUGACGCAUGUAGGGUUUGCUGUCAAUCAAACAAGAAUGCGCCGUGUGCGCCGUGGAAGAACAGAACUAGUGGAGAAUACCUCACGAUCAGCGAUGGGCGUAUCUGCAGAACUGGCAUGUGUAGACAAGGCAAGUGCGAGAAAACUACCCAGGAUGUGAUUGAGCGCUUCUGGACUCUUCUUACCAACUUAGACGUGAACACAUUCGUGGAGUUCAUGCGCGCGAACAUCGUGGGGACCAUCUUAUUCUUUGCCGCCUGCAUCUGGAUUCCUGCGAGCUGCAUCGUGCAUAGAAUCGACGUGCGUCACGACAAGGAAGAGCAAGAGGAGCUACAAUGGCGGGACCCAAAGAAUACGCAGUUGUUGCGGACCCUGGAGCCGACGAGCAAAGGAAUGUACAUAUAUCGCCAGGACUCGUUUACAAGACCCGCCAAUCCUCAAAAACCGCUCAAACUUAGCUAUAACUAUGUGAAAACAAGAAAGAAGCCAAACCUCCAGGUCGCUAUAGGAAGGGACAACCCUGACGCCUAGUGCACUGAUAGCGACUUCCGGUCACUUUAAACAAGUUCGAGUAGUAACAGAAAUAACUAGUAUACUGAUAGCUAGUUCUGAUAAGUUAUCAUUGAUAGCUAGUUCUGAUAAGUUAUCAUUGAUAGCUAGGUCUGAUAAAUUAUCAUUGAUAGCUAGUUCUGAUAAGUUAUCAUUGAUAGAUAGUUCUGAGAAGUUAUCAUUGAUAGCUAGUUCUGAGAAGUUAUCAUUGAUAGCUAGUUCUGAUAAGUUAACACUGAUAGCUUGUUCAGAAAAGUUAUCAUUGAUAGUUAUUUACAAUUAGUUAUCCUGGAUAGUUCUUUCCAAUAAAUUAUCAUUGAUAAGCUACUAGCUCCAAGAAUUGGUUUUGGAUAGCUAGUUCCUAGAAGUGAUUGAUAGCUAUUUCCAAGAAGUUGUCGUUAGUAAUCUAUUUCCCAUUUACAUGGAAGUAACAUAUCAAUCAAUGGCUAUCGUUUUUCUAAAUUGUCCAAAAAAAGGAAUGGGGUGAGCGCGCCGGAAACCUGUGAUUGUCUUAAGUGUUAGGAUCUGGGCCGGUUUUUCAAGAUCUCCUAUAUAAUCGUUGUUAACAAAAUUUUCUGUUUACGUGGAAUUUCUCGACUUACGCUGUUCCAAGAUAGGGAAAAGUAUUAAAGCGGACUCCCAGAUUGGGUAAUACAUAGUAAUAGCUAUCGAUGAGAACGUGAUUUUCUUUUGCUUCAACAGCUUCUCGAGUUUCCUUUUGAGAGCCAAUGAAGAGGCCCUUUGGUGCUUUGAGUAAAGAGUGUAUCAGGAUAUCUGUGAUAAAGGCGCAGAUUUAAUUAACCGCUAACUGUUCUCCAACCAUAAAUCAGAAGGUUUAUUGAGAAUCGGUUGAGGAAAUAAUUAAGUAAAACAGGCUUGUUUAAGAAAGAGUUGAAAGGUUACCAUAAUUACCUAGAUCCGGAGCUGAAAUUGCUAUUUUUCUUAGUCAUUUCAAUAGAAUUAGGAGUUUUUCGUUACACGUUUGUAACAGUAUUUAGAAAUACGUCCCUACCGAGGAUAUAAUUGAUAAUUAAAAAAUGUGUAAAUUAUGACUGUAGAAUUUAUCGAAGGCCAGUACAUUUUUUUCUAUGGCAAUAAGCAUCAACUGAACUCACUUAUGUUUUAUUUGUAUAUCUGAUGUAAUUUCUCCAAUAUACAAACUAUGAGUUAUGUACAUCAAAAUGUUUGCUUGUAAAAUUUAAUUUUUUUUUAUAAAUAAAGUUUAUUUGACCUGUA